AAUUUGUUUUUUCAUAAGCAUUGCGGUUCGGCCAGGCCCACAAUAGCGACCUCCGAGAAGAUGGACGGGGUCAACACAGUGGCGCAUUAUCCUACGGGUAAAAGAAAGCAAUUCCACCGACGGGAAUCUUUAAUAAGAAAAAAUUUCCCCCGAAGUCAACACUGUAUAUGGUGCCCGGUGCCCCCUAAUUCAGAUUGGCCAAUGGGCCAACGAAUCCGGAACAGAUUACCGGCCGAAAAAUUCUUGGUUGCUCGCCGGAUUCUCCGAAUGGCUCAGUUCUCUGCAUUUGCAAACAAUAGACCACAACAGACAAUCUGCGUUACCGAGGUGGAACUGUUUUUUAGCUGUCGCAAUUUGAUGGAUCAGGAUUUUGCAUCUAAAUCAGAUCCUAUGGUUGCAGUUUAUUUAAAUCAAGGAGGCCGGUUUGUAGAAAUGGGAAGAACAGAAAUGAUAAAAAAUAAUCAUAAUCCUGACUUUUGCAAACCAGUUAAAAUGGAUUAUUUUUUUGAAGAAGUUCAGAAAUUAAAACUUGUUGUUUAUGAUAUUGAUAAUGCUACAAAAACACUUUCUGAUGAUGAUUUUUUAGGAUUUCUGGAAUGUACUUUAGGUGAGAUUGUUUCUUGCUCACCAUUUACAAGACCACUGUUAACAAGAUCAGGUCAUAAACAGAAAAGUUCUAUAAUUAUUAGAGCUCAAGAAGUUGGAAAAGAAGGAAAUGAUUGUCUUUUGCUCUCUUUUCAAGCUAAAAAGCUUGAUGAUAAGGAUUUCUUCAGUAAAUCGGAUCCUUUUUUAGAAUUUAGAAAACAGGGAAUUGAUGGUACUUGGAAUGUAAUACAUCGGACAGAAGUUAUAAAAAAUAAUUUAAAUCCUGUUUGGAAGACUUUCCAAAUUAAUAUGCAAACACUUGGAGGAAAUAAUGCUGAAGCAGCAAUUUUAAUAAGCUGUUAUGAUUAUGAUGAUGAUGGAGGUCAUGAUUUAAUAGGUGAAUGUAAUACAAAUCUUGCACAGAUUUUAGAAGCUCAACAUCAGCAGAUUGAAUGGCCUUGUAUCAAUAAGAAGAAAAAAGAAAGAAAAGGUUCUUCAUAUAAGAAUUCAGGAAUAAUUUAUCUAUCAUCAUGCAAGGUGAUAAAGAAUUACUCAUUUCUAGAUUAUAUAUUUGGUGGAACUCAAAUUAAUUUCACAGUAGCAAUUGAUUUCACUGGAUCAAAUGGAAAUCCUGCAGAUCCUGGUUCACUUCAUUAUAUAAGUAAUCAACCAAAUGACUACAUGAAAGCUAUUUGGGCUGUUGGGAAUGUUAUUCAAGAUUAUGAUAGCGAUAAAAUGUUUCCUGCUUUGGGAUUUGGUGCAAAAAUACCACCGUCGUGGCAAGUUUCCCACGAGUUUGCUGUUAACUUCAAUAAUAGUAAUCCAUUUUGUGCAGGUAUUCAGGGAAUAAUUGAUGCCUAUCGUAAUUGCAUUUAUCAAGUUCAGUUAUAUGGACCAACCAAUUUUACACCAGUUAUUAAUCAUGUGGCAAGAUUUGCUGAGAGUAGCAUGGCUACAUGUGAUCAUUAUUUUGUUCUGUUGAUUUUAACGGAUGGUGUAGUAUCAGAUAUAAAUGAUACCAGAAGAGCCAUAGUACAAGCUUCCAGACUUCCAAUGUCCAUCAUAAUAAUUGGAGUGGGACAUGCUGAUUUCAGUGCUAUGGAUUUCUUAGAUGGAGACAAUGGCCGACUUUAUGCUUCUGAUGGUAGUUAUGCCGAAAGAGAUAUUGUACAGUUUGUACCUUUUCAUAAGUAUGAAAUGUCUCCUGCAUUGUUAGCAAAAGAAGUUUUAGCUGAACUACCACAACAGGCUGUACAAUAUUUUAUAUCUAGGAAUAUUGUACCAAAUCCACCUAAACAACAGACAGCACCACCAACUCUUUAAAUGUAUACUGUAUAAUUCUUUUAUGUUACUAUAAAGUAUAUACAGUAUAUUAAAUGUGUGUAAAAAUAUGUAUAUUGUAAAGUCAAAUGUUUUAUGAUAGUUAAUAUACAGAGUAUAUUGCAUAAAUUAGUAUUUUAAAUAUAAUGCUACAACUGAAAAUUCCAUUUUAUUUUAAGUUUAUUAUAAGUUAUUCUACUGUUCUUUUCUAUCUCAUUGAUGGUGAAUUAUUACUUUCAAUGUGUAAUUUAAAUGAUAUCAAUACAUGUCACUACAGUUUUAUAUUUUAUAUUAAAUUAUAUGUAUAUAAUUCAAAUUAAAUUUAUAUUUUUUGUAGACUUAGAUUCAUAACUAGACUCUAAUUUGUUUUUAUCAAUUCCUUAUAUUGAGAUAAACGUUAUAAAUUUCUAUAAUUUAAAAAAUAAAUUUUUAUGUAAUUAAAAUUCAAGAUUAUUUUUCAUGCAUUAAAAGACAUGUUCAUAAGUGUAAUGAAUAGCUAUUAUUAAUACACCCAACUAUGAUUAAAUAGUCUAAUGCAUUAAUAAGAUAAAAACUAACAUUUCUAUCUUUGGUUCUAUUCUAUUGAAUUAUUUUAUCCCAAUGAAUAUUGUUUUACAGUAUAACAAAGGCCAGUUAUCUUUAAUCAAUAUAAAAUAACAAAUAAAACAAAUACAUUGCUAAACUCCAGCAGUAUUUUAAUGUGAUGAUAUUUUAUUCUUGCAGUUAAUGAAAAAGAAAUUGUUCUUUUUCUUCUUUUAAAGCAACUGAUGCAGAACAAAAGGUUUGGAUCAAAACAUUUUUGUUUUCAUUAAAUAAUUGCUGGAGUUUAGUAAGGCAUUUGUUUUAAUUUUUAUCAAUAUUUCUUGAGAGAACAUGUAUUGAUGUCAUGUAUGAUUAGUUAUAGGUUAAUAAAAGAAUAGUUAACCACUCAACAGUGAGAGACAGAUAUAUUCAUUCAGGGCAAUCGUGUGGCAGUGGUGAGGGAUGGAUAUAUCCAUUAAAUUCUUUUGGGGGUAUCACCAAAAACUACCACAAAAAAUAAUUCACAUAAUUCAUUUUUUAUGUAACAAUAAAAAAAGAUUUCUUUACUAGA